GUAAGGUGUCUCGUGACACGCCGAAAGAAGAUAACAUCGGCGCUUACUGUGUGCAUGCAUGUUAUCAUUCUACUCAUUCAACGAAUCCUCCGCUCAUGGGUCCAGACUGAGCGCUUGAAGCUUGAACUUCCUUGAAGCAGAGAGCAAUAAGUAAGCCUCGGCAGGGUGACUCAGGCCCAGUGACAUAAACGGUCGACUUGAUAGUACUAUCCCAACCAGAUAUCACAACGACUGGCCAGAUGACUGCAGCCGCAUCUGAUAUUAAUUUCUGCUUCCCUGUACGCGAGCUGGAGAGCGAACGAGUCAAACUCACACCUUUUAUCCCUGAUCUGCACGCAGAUCUCUACUUCCAAGGCUCAGCCGCCUAUCCCGAACUCUAUGACUUCAUACCCUGGGAAGCUUUCACUGACACUUCAGACUUCGUGAAAAAAGUGAUCGAAGGCUGCGUACGUCCUGACACCGGGAUAGCCCUCUAUGCUGUCAUCGAUAAGACGCCCACCGGCACAAACCCCUCAAAGCCUACAUCAGCCAACUUCGCCGGAAUCAUGGGAUACACGAACACAUCUCCUGCGAACCUAUCAACCGAGAUCAGCUACGCGCUCAUUCUACCGCCGUUUCAGCGGACGCACGUCACCACGAACGCCAUCGGGCUGCUCCUCCAAUACGCUCUCGAUUCGCCUCCACAUGGCCUGGGACUCCGCCGUGUCCAGUGGAAGGCAAACAGGCUGAAUACGAAGAGUAUUAAUGCUGUCCAGAGAUUGGGGUUUAAACUGGAGGCUAUCUUGCGCUAUGAUAGAAUUUUUGUUGGAUCAAAGACAAAUGCGGCGAAUGGGGAGAGGGAGAGGGCGGGGGAUCCGCGUCCUGGUACGGUCGGAACGGAUACGGCAUUGUUGGCAUUGUGCUGGGAUGAUUGGGAAAGCGAGCGUGCACGGGUCCUGCAGGCCAUGGACCGAAGGUCGUGACGAUAUUUAUUAGGCUUUUUAGAUCAGCGGUUCAAAAGGAUUCAUUCUGACGUCAAAGUUUCAGGAGCUGCAUGCUGAGGCCUGAUUUUCCAGGUCCGUCGUUGGGCGUUUGCUCCAGCGUUCCAAUAAUUCUUUCUAGAUCUGAUUCUGAAGAGUGGAGUUACCGGUACCCCUGACGAUCUUGCAACCUGUUGCCGGGAACGGGUUACGCCUCGUGAUCCCUCCCGGCCUUCGUUAAAGGCGACCAUUGAGUCAACCCAAACGUUCAAUGCGAAUAGCCCAGUCAGGGCGGGAUUACCCAAGCUACUGUGCCCAAAUCUUGUCACAUUCACCACUCCAACAGAAUGACAAGACUAUCAAGGUCUAUGCAGAGCAGUCGCAACAAUUGCUAUGCAUGUGUAUCUACGUCGCACAGUCUUGUUGUUAUAUCAUAUCAUGCUUGUCACCUC